GCACCGACGCACGUACACCGCAUUGAUUUGUGUCAAGAGAGCGAUAGUUCUUUCAGUCACGACCACUCCGUCUGAUAUUGGACGAAUAUCUGCCAUCAUAGCUGAAGCUUCACUACUCUGCCGGAUUGAAGUUUGAAUAUUCACGUGACUUGUAUCUCAGACAAAUUGCUUUAUUACCCCAUGGAGAUGAUCGAUCUCCCUGACAACGUUUGUUUAUAAUUAAUUAUCCGUCUCAAUAGAUGUGCAAUAAAUAAUAUAAUUGUGUGACAUAUAAUCCGUCAAUUGUACCGGUAUGCAAGUAACGACGAAUAAACUCAGGGUAUCUUUAUCAUUUGUACGCGAGCUCUUGGCCCGUAAAGAUGUAAAACGAUGUGACUUUGCUAGACAGCUAGAGGGAUGUGAAUGAUACCGCACUUGUUGAAAACCGCCAAGCCGAUUUAAGGGUUUUUAUUUUACUGUCCGCUUCAUCAUGAUCUCGAGCGAGAGUUCCAGCAGGCGUAACUCUGUGAUGCCCGAAAAUACGGCACAUCACUGUCCCUCCCUCGCAAUCCCAGAACAGGGACGACCAAGACGUUUAUCAAUGCUUACCAGCUCAUCACAAAGCUCGCCAAGUACGUACAACUUUCGCCGCAAAUCUAUGGCUGCGCACCGCUUUGAACACGCACCCACUAACAAAUACUGCAAUACCUACCGCACCACUCCCGAGGAAUCCAAGAAAUUCCGAGUCAAACCUGUUUCUGAUAUCAUCAAUAAAGUACUCAGUGAAAGACUAGGCCAGGUGAAGUAUAGCGCAGAGCGGAGUAGGGUUCUGUCGGUGCCUUUGGCUGAGGAGAUAAAGAGCCAUGUGAAGAGGCUGGGGUAUCAGAGGUACAAGAUCAUCUGCGUGGUGCACAUCGGCUCCCUGGAUGGCCAGGAUGUCAGAGUUGCCAGCAGGUGUCUUUGGGACGAGAACCAGGACCGCGCGGCAUCUGGGUCAUUUUGUAACGAAAGUCUGUUCGCGUCUGCGACUGUGUUUGGGGUUUAUCAUGAGUGAGCUUGAUUCACAUGGAGAUGAUACAAGAUAGACGUGAUCAGCUCAGAUGUAGAGAGAAAGAUAUAUAGGCUCCUAGCUAGGGGUAGGCGGGAAAAGGGGCUCAUAUACCCCUCUUCCUGACCCCGCCCUUGCUACCUCUACAACUGAAAGGAGGUGUUUUCCUACUGAAGAAUCGCCAGUUCUAAGACUGUUUUCAUACGAUUUCCAUGGCAUUUGUUUGCGAUAUGACUACGGUGUCUAUGGCUGCGAUGUCUUUGGUUAUAUACGCGCCUGAUUUAUGUGGUGAUUGCAUGCAAGAUGUCGAUAGAUUCUUUAGAGUCCUUCAAUUUAACACUGACACUGAUUUUCAUGCUUUGCAUGCGUUUCAUGGAAAAUCAAUUGUUAUUUUCCUUCCCAUAACUCAACGGGUACCGCUCUCCUACCCUCAAUCUCUCAAUUCCCAUAACCCUAUGCGCACCACAGUCCUAAUACUCUACCCUCCCAUAAUGCACAGCGGUUUUGUCGCGCUGCAUUUCGCAAAAGGAAACGCUAAAAGAAAAGUAGAUUGGACUAUUAAGCGGUUGUUUCGAAUUAAUUCGCUUCGCUGUGUGGAAGAGAAACUCAUUAUUAAUGUUAUAUCCCUGAAUGAAUUUCCUUGCUCCUUACUCCUAGUCCACUCCAUCAGAGACUUUGCAUUUAACCAACACUAGCCGAAGAAAUUUGGUGAUAUCGCGGCAUAGCAAUAUCUUGAUAAGCCUUGAAAAAAAAACAUAUGACCCCCUUUCAGAUGUCAAUAGUCGGUCUGCUCUAAAAUUCAUUAUGAUAUAAUAUGUAUCAUUAUGCUGUUAUAUAAAGCUCUCUUUUGUGUUCCUCCCCAUUUUUUUAGCCAAGCGUUUCCAAUGAAAAACCUCUUAGAAGUAUCUGUGUGAUAAUGAGGUUCUGAUGUACACGCCCUAUUCUUAACUUGAAUGGGCAAUAUUGCAUUAUUGAAUAUAUUGUUUGUACAAGG